CCCACUCUUCUCAACAUCAUCUCAAGCGAAAAAAAAGUUAUCCCCCAAUUUGAAAGAUCAAGAAGAAAUGGAUUUGAGGCUAAUGGGAUUGGACGCUCCCCUCCUUCACACCCUCCACCAAAUGCUCAACGAAGAGGACGGCAGCGACGCCGCUAAAUCUGCCGGCGGCCCCACCCGGACCUACGUCCGCGACGCCAAGGCCAUGGCGGCGACGCCGGCCGACGUUAAGGAGUAUCCGGGCUCCUACGUGUUCGUGAUCGACAUGCCGGGGCUCAAGUCCGGCGACAUCAAGGUGCAGGUGGAGGAGGACAAUGUGCUGAAUAUCAGUGGUGAGAGGAAGAGGGAGGAGGAGGAAGGGGCCAAGUAUGUGAGGAUGGAGCGGAGGAUCGGCAAGUUUAUGAGGAAGUUUGUGCUGCCGGAGAAUGCCAACACCGAUAAGAUCUCUGCGGUUUGCCAAGAUGGGGUGCUCACUGUUACGGUGGCAAAGCUGCCGCCGCCGCAGCCCAAGAAGCCCAAGACUAUUGAGGUUAAGAUUGCGUGAGGGGUGGAGGUGAUAAGCUAAGAAUGGGAGUCUUUAAUAAUGAUCAUUCUAAUCAUUUUGAUGUCGAGUAUGAUCAGUUUUAUUUUUUAAUGUUUUCUCUGGCUUAUUAAUGUACCGGACACACCUCCUAAAUAUCAUGACUAUGAUUUUGGUUUCUA